AUGUCCAACCCACAGGCGCCGACCAGCUCGCCCCGAUCGGUGCCUCUCCGGUCAGCUCUGCGCGACGAUUCCGACCGGACGCCGCCCUUGAGUGGCCUGACAAAAGUUUGGUGUUUACGGUCUUUCGCGCCAUAUGUAUGGACUUUGGUUUUGGUCUGUCUUUGUCUUAUCUCUGCGCAAUUUCAUGCAUGCAGCUAUAUGCACAUCUUUUUGGUGUUGUGUGCUUACUCGCCCUCACCCCCCGUCGUUGUCCUCGGUCUGGCCCCCGUCGACCUUCAAUCUACCAUAUGCCUCGCAACAAAAAGGGGUCAUGUGGCCCUCGGUGGCCACCUUGCUGCUGCAGUUGCUGCUGCUGCGUGGGGGCUGGCACCUUUGUUGUACUGCAUGGUGGCUAGUGUCGUGUGCCUUUUUGAGAACUCGGCUAGUCACUGUCGCGUGCCUAUUUCAAUGGCUCACCUCCUCCUUAUUAUGACACUCUUUCCUAGUAUUGUCUGGGCUACUCACCAUUCUUCUUUGUCAUUCUCUCAUUUUCCCGCUGGCAGAAUGUAUGUUGACAGCUUUACAGCGGUGCAAAUCGCCGAGCCCGACGUUACGGACGUCCUGGAGCCGCCGCCCGUCGAGGAGCUGCCGCCUCGCAAGCAGUUCACGGUCACAGGAGCUAAGCGCCUCAGCGGUCGGGCGGCCGUCUUGCCGUUACCCGCGUCCUCGCGGAACUCCGUCAGCAGCCAGACCAGUCUCGAUGGCCUGGCCACGUACAUGACUUCGCCGGCGCAGCUGGCCGCCGACGACCCGCGCCAAAACGCCUCGCCCCUCGUGCGGCCGCUCAUCAACCCGCUACAGCAGCACCACCACCAGCAGCGUCACCGCGCCGUCGAUCAUAUCAGUGGCCGCCUCCUCGCCCAGAUUAGCGAGUGGAUCCAGCACGAGCGCAUCAAGAAGGAAACUCGCAAGUCCCGCAAGGUUCGGGCUCACGGCAGCCGCAAGAACCGGUCACCGCCGGCCGAGGACGGUGCCAAGCGGAGCAGCAAGACGAAAGAGCGCCGCGAGCGGCUAGCAGCUGACAACACUGCAGCCGCGCGCGACACCACCUCAGCAGCCGCCGUCGACAAUUGUGACGACGAUGAUGACAUCCCUGUCGGUCAAACCACAGUGUCACGACACCACCGUGCACCAUCGACGGGCUCAGCGUCGAGCGACGUGUCUCUCGACCGCCUGCAACGCAUCAUCGACGACAACAUGUCCGCUCUUGGGAUCGAGUCGAUCUCCAACUAUGUGGGCGGUCUGCGUAUUGGCGGCGGUGGCGGCAGCGGCCUAAGCAGCAGCGGCAUCAGCAACAGCGGACGCCGCCACUCGCGCACGCUGCGCUAUCUCCCCGGUCGCACGGCUUCGUCCGACACCGAAUACAUGGACGGCGACGUGCUGGUGCCGGGCUGCGAUGCCGUCCUGGACAACUCCAAGACGCUCAAGUACUCGACGUCUACGACCAGCAUCCCACUGGCAAGCAGCAGCGGCCGGGCUGCGUCAGACGCCGGGUCCAUCUCGAGCCGGCGCGAGGACAAGGAGCGGCAGGCAUGGUACAAGUUCAAGAACGAAAUCAUUCGCCUGGCACACACACUCCGCCUGAAGGGCUGGCGCAAGGUCCCACUCGACGCUGGCGAGACAAUCACCGUUGAGCGUCUCAGUGGUGCGCUGACCAAUGCCGUCUAUGUGGUGUCGCCUCCCGCAGACCUGGGCGGCGGCGAGCACAGCAACAAUGGCCUGGGCCAGAGCCAGAGCCAGAGCCACAGUGGUGGAAGUGACGCCGGGAUGUCGCCCCUGGUCAUGCCAUCGGGCUUGACACCCUCCAGCAGCACGCUCAGUUUGGCGGGUGGCAGCGGCAAGACCGUGCUGCCGAACAAGCUGUUACUUCGCAUCUACGGCCCACAGGUGGAGCACCUAAUCGACCGUGAGAAGGAGCUCAGCGUCCUACGCCGUCUGGGACGCAAGAAGAUCGGUCCUCGCCUGCUAGGCACCUUUGCCAACGGCCGCUUCGAGCAGUUCUUCAAGGCAACAACGCUGACAGCGGCCAACCUCCGCGAGCCUGAGACUUCCAAGCAGAUUGCCAAGCGAAUGCGCGAGCUGCACGACGGUGUCGAACUGCUCGAGGAGGAGCUGGACGCAGGCCCCACUGUGUGGCGGAACUGGGACCGCUGGUUGGACACGGUGGAAGCCACAAUCACGUUCCUCGACCGGGAGGUGCGCCUCGGUGCAGAGCGCGAGCGCCUGCAACGGCAGGCUGCCCAGGACGGCGCUCCCGUCCCCAGCGACGCGGCGUUGCCGCCGCAGACCGGCUCGUUUAUCGACACCUGGAAGUCGAGAGGCUACGUGUGCGGCGUGGAGUGGCCCAAGUUCAAGGCGCUUCUCGAAAAACAUCGCGAGAUGGUGAAGAGUUACUACGGCGGAUCGCGAAGGAUCCGAGACCGCUUAAUCUUUGCCCACAACGAUACACAAUAUGGAAACAUUCUGCGCAUUCGCCCCGACGAACGGUCGCCGCUGCUGCAGCCCGAGAAUGAGCACAAGCAGCUGAUUGUCAUUGACUUUGAGUACGCUUCGGCCAACCUUCCGGGCAACGAGUUUGCCAACCACUUCACUGAGUGGACAUACAACUAUCACGACAGCGUAGCCUCGCACGUCUGCUUCGCCGACCGCUAUCCGACGCCCGAGCAACAGCGCCGAUUCAUCCGUGCCUACGUCGACCACCGCCCCGAGUUCCCGCACCAGUGCGCCAGCAGCACACCGCGCUUCGGCCCCAUGUCGCUGCCGCCUCUGCCACCUCUACUGGAGCAGCCGCUCUCCGGGCCUGUGCUGUCUGCCGGUGUGCAUUCGGCCGGCACCGCCUCGGCACCGCCCACGUUGCCGUCGGCCCAAACUCUGCCGAAUCAGUCGAUCUCGCACACAGCCUCCUCGGCCAGCUCGAUUGUCGACUUUAUGCUAGACGCGCGCGCGCCGCCGGGUGGUUGGAUGGAGGAGGAGCGCCGGCGCGAAGAGCUGCUGGAGCGGCAGGUCGAUGAGCUCAUGGAAGAGACGCGGCUGUGGCGCGCUGCCAACAGUGCCAUGUGGGUGGCCUGGGGCAUUGUGCAAGCGAAGGUGCCCGGAUUCAGCCUGCCGCCCAAGGAGGGCUCGUCGUCUGCUGCCUCUGUUCUUGCGAAGGAUCACGACGACGAUAUUACGAUUGACGGCAAGGCCGUCGAGGCCGAUGACGCUACCGAGCCCGAAGAGGAGUUUGACUACCUCGGCUACGCGCAAGAGCGUGCGUUCUUUGUGCUAGGCGACUGCAUCAAGGCGGGCCUGUUGCAGCUGGACGAGCUGCCGGCCGACGUGCAGUCGAAGGUGAAGAUGAUUGAUUACUAG